AUGGCGCAACAGGGGCAGCAGGAGGAGGAGGAGCAGCAGCGGCGCCCUCGGGCCGUCGACUCUGACAAAGUCUGGACCACGCUCAUCACCAACCUCGACUACCUCCCGGGCCUCCUCACGCUCGCCCACUCCCUCCGCGCCGUCCGAUCCGCCUACCCGCUCCUCGCCCUCUACACCGACUCCUUCCCCGAGGCGGGCCUCGCCGCCCUCGCCGCCCGCGGCAUCCCCGCCCAGCGCAUCCCCUACCUCCUCCCCGCCUCCUCCAAGGACUACUCCAACGACCCGCGCUUCUACGACUGCUGGAGCAAGCUCACCCCCUUCUCCCUCGUCGAGUACGCCCGCGUCGUCCAGCUCGACUCGGACAUGCUCGUCCGCAUCAACAUGGACGAGCUCAUGGAUCUCGAGCUCGACGACCCCGGUGCACUUAGCGAGACGGGCGACGCCGCUUCCAGCCGUCGCGUCUUCGCCGCCGGCCACGCCUGCGUCUGCAACCCCCUCGCCAAGCCGCACUACCCCAGGGACUGGGUGCCCCGGAACUGCGCCUUCACCUCGCAGCACGACGACCCGGACCGCGCCCAGACCGUCGCCGCCGACCCCGCCGUCGGGCCCCUCGGCUUCAUGAACGGCGGCCUCCAGGUCGUCAACCCCUCGGCUGUCCUGUACCGCCAGAUCCUCGACCACAUGGAGGCCGACGCCGCCAACAUGGACUUUGCCGACCAGUCGCUGCUGUCGGACCUGUACCGAGGCCGCUGGGUCCCCCUGCCGUACACGUACAACGCGCUCAAGACGCUGCGCUGGCCUGGCGUCCACGACGCUAUCUGGCGCGACGACAAGGUCAAGAACGUGCACUACAUCCUGAGCCCCAAGCCGUGGGACGAGGUCGACGGAAACGGCCAGUGGACCGGCACCGAUGAGACGCACAAGUGGUGGAUAGACGCCAACAACGAGAGGAAAGCCGCCGAGCGCCGCCAGGGCAUCCCCGAUGACGGCUUCUAG